ACCACCGGAAGUUUCGAUGUUACACAGACUAGAGCCAGAGAAGCCACAGUUACUGCCCUGUGCUGUCAGUCGGGUUGACAGCUAGGUGGCUAACCGGUGGCUUAGCUAGAGGCUGUUUGGAUAAGCUCGGUCGUUUGCUAGAACCCUCAAUCUCUCCACAAAAUACCAAUCAUGGCUCUUCUGGAACUUGCCAUGCAAGGAUUCUCUAUCUUUGGCUUCAUUUUAUUUUUUGUAUUGUGGCUCAUGCAUUUCAUGUCCAUCAUCUAUGUCCGCCUCCAUCUCAAUAAGAAGACUCCUGAGAACAAACAGCCCUACAGUAAACUAACGGGUGUCUCGUUGCUGAAGCCACUUAAAGGAGUGGACCCCAAUCUCAUCAACAACUUGGAGACCUUCUUUGAGCUGGACUAUCCCAAGUAUGAAAUUCUGCUGUGUGUUCAAGACCAAGAUGAUCCAGCCAUCGACGUGUGCAAGAAGCUCUUGGGAAAAUAUCCCAACGUUGAUGCCAGGUUGUUUAUUGGGGGGAAGAAGGUUGGCAUCAACCCUAAAAUCAACAACCUGAUGCCCGGGUAUGAGGGUGCUAAGUAUGACCUGGUAUGGAUCUGUGACAGUGGCAUACGAGUGAAACCAGAUACCUUAACCGAUAUGGCUAAUCAGAUGACUGAGAAGGUGGGGCUGGUUCAUGGUCUCCCGUACGUGGCUGACAGGCAGGGCUUUGCCGCUACCUUAGAACAGGUGUAUUUCGGCACAUCCCACCCACGCUCCUACAUCUCUGCCAACGUGACAGGCAUCAAGUGUGUGACGGGGAUGUCCUGCCUCAUGAGGAAGGACGUCCUGGACCAGGCUGGGGGGCUCAUUGCCUUCGCCCAGUACAUCGCCGAGGACUACUUCAUGGCUAAGGCCAUAGCUGACAGGGGAUGGAAAUUCUCAAUGGCAACACAGGUAGCCAUGCAGAACUCGGGCUCCUAUUCCAUCGCGCAGUUUCAGUCGCGAAUGAUCAGGUGGGCCAAGCUGCGCAUCAACAUGCUGCCCGCCACCAUCUGUGAGCCCAUCUCCGAGUGCUUUGUGGCCAGCCUCAUCAUCGGUUGGGCAGCCCACCAUGUCUUCCGCUGGGACAUCAUGGUGUUCUUCAUGUGCCACUGCCUAGCCUGGUUCGUUGCUGACUACAUACAGCUACGAGGAGUUCAGGGCGGCCCUCUAGCCUUCUCCAAGCUGGACUAUGCUGUGGCCUGGUUCAUCAGAGAGUCAAUGACCAUUCAGAUCUUCCUGUCUGCGCUGUGGGACCCCACCAUCAGCUGGAGGACCGGCCGAUACCGGUUACGCUGCGGCGGCACCGCCGAGGAGAUCCUGGACGUAUAGCCACACCCAUUCCGGUGCUCGGACUCAUGGGAGCAAGGUUCCAUGGAAACCACACCGAAGGACACGCUCAUAGACAAGCGUGGCAGCUGCCAUGGAGACGACAAACUUGAUGAAAGUUGAACCCUUUUCUUUUCUUCUCUGAGAAGGAAGUCCUUGUUUGAGUGUUUUUAAUUUGUGUGUUAAAAUGUGUUAGGUUGUUAUUUAUGUUACUGGUGCUCUUAAGAAACCUCACAUGGAAGGCAGAAAUCCUUUAGAACCUUCUACACAGGAAUAAAGAGUAAGAAAGGAGGACAUGGGGUUUGUGAAAGGGAGAGGGAGAGUGAGAGGGAAGGAAGGAAGGAAGGAAGGAAGGAAGGAAGGAAGGAAGGAAGGAAGGAAGGAGGGAGUAGUGGCUUGAAAUGCAGGUUUUUCUGUUGUGGGUGGUCUGACCCCAGUGUUCAAGGUCCAGUAAAGGUCAAGAAACAGACAUUAGGAUAGAAUCAUCCUUAGGGUCAAAAUUUAGCAUUUAGGGUUAGUAAUUGUAGAAAUGUUAUGUGUCUAUCCGCUAGGAGAAGUAGGACCAGUAAUCUGGUGAUGAUGCAUGUUGGAACGUUCAGAUCCCAGACUCAAUCAGAGGGAUAACGUUCCUCAAUCCUCACCAAUGUAAAUACACCAGAUCCACGUAGAUCCACCAGAGGAACAGCUAGAAGAACCCCCUCCCCAACCCCCACACCCUACUGUGUCCUCGACACACCUUCCUCACUGCAGGCACAUUUUCAUUGGUCAAUCCAGAAUGGCCACUUCCUGUAGAGCGUUGGCGAACCCCUCCUCCGGUCAUUGUGGUGGGAGUCAGCUGGCUGUCCUGUGGGUGGCUAUCUGGUUGGCUGCUUGGUUGGCGGAUGGCUUCAUUGAUGGCUGGCUGUCACCUUGAGCUCUGUUUACCAUUUCUCACCGUGCUCUGAACGAAGACAUGGUCUGUGUUCUACAGUGUCUUCAUAUAUAUAUAUAUAUAUAAAUAUAUAUAUAUAUAUCAAAUUAAUUUUGGUGUAUGAAAUUGUAGCCAAACUGUACAAAUGCUUCAGCCCUUAGCCUUACUCAUUUCAUUUGGUUUGAAUGGUGUGUGUUUGUGUAUGGAUUGUAAUGUGUUGUGUUACCACAUUAAUGUCAUUAUGUUUCAAUAUUGCCCUCCUUGUCCUCUCCUCCUGGGAGGAUUUCAGACAUGUACCAUCUUGUUGAAGGUUCUGGAUCCACCCCACCAUCCCACCACAACUUACAGCAGUAUUUAGGGAGUGGAUAACAAACAGGGUUGGGCAGGACAGAUGCAUAAUUAUGUAAUGACGCGUGUAGAGAUCACACUGUGAAGUAUUGUGUGGAUUGGAGUUUUAUUUUUUAUUUUUUAUGACGCAGCUCAGAUUGGAACAAAAUGGAACCAUUGGAAAGAAUGGGAUCAUGAGUCAUUAUCGUUGUCAUCUGAGACUGGUUUUAUUACCCAAUGUUGCAACUUGUCCCCAUAUCAGCUCACAUCCAUGGCCAACCCCACACUGUCAAAGACAUACAGUAUGUGUAAAGUGUUGUCACAAAAUUGUAUGAUUUCCUGUAUAUGGCUGUAUAUUUAUGAAGUUUGGUUGAUACCAUUAUUUUCACAGCUUAACAUUAAUUUAUUCUACCAGUAGGUAGGUAUUGAAUCUGUUAGCAGUGAACAAGAAGGCUGGACAAACUUGUUGUUAAAUAUCUUAACUUGUUUUUAUAUGAAUUGUUUUCUGUCAUGUUUUGUAUUGUGCGUUUAAGGGGAGGGGGCGGGGUCUGUGAUGCAAGAGGAAUAGUAAAGCUUUAUGAACAUAGUAACUUCCUUUUUUUCCAUACGCCUACAGAACCAAGCGGUGGGAGAAACCAAACUGAAACUGGCAUUGCACCAACAGAGCCGACAAACCAGUAGACCGGGGUGGGUCCAUGAGACUAAAUGAGACGUUAUGAUGAUGCAAAAACAAAAAAAAAGGCAUUGUAAACCGAUACCAAUAAACUGUACAUGGGGGUGGAAUGGAAGUGUUGUAAGCCUGGGAAGUCUACCCCAUGAAACACAAAGUAGUGGAGCAUACUCUCAUGGUUACAGAGAGUAAGCCUGGUGACCUGGUCAUGAGACGGCAGCAGCCUGACUUACCAUGUGACCGCUUGAAAUAUUCUGGGAAUUUUAAGCAGCUCUUGCACAUUUUCUUUACGUUUCAAGCCUUAGUUUAGAUAAGGUUUUCGAUAGAUUAAAAGUGCAGUUUUAAAAGUUUUUUGCCCAACAUUAUUUGAUACAAGACUUAUUUGUAUUGAGAUGGAACUAAAAACAGAAUGGGACAGAAAGUUCCUUACCCAUUGGUAGAACAUCCUGUCAUUGGAGUUGCAGUAGGGUUGGGUGUUGAUGUUAAGGCAAUAUUUAUAAGCUACAGUAAGGUUAAUAUUAGGCUUUUAAGGUAUAACGUUAUGUCAUGUGUACCUGUGUUGCCAGCAGUGCUGUGGUUCCCAAAACAAUAUAUUAGUAUGUGGUGAAAUUAGUAAUAAUGCUUGCUUUUCUAUGCGGACAAAAACUUAUUAUUGUAUGUGGAUGGACAUGACACAGGAUGGGUCUGACCUGCCAGACAAUACAUUUAUGAUAAAUCCAGAUAAGCCAAACUCUUAGAUUGACAUCUGCUGGACAGGUGAAUGAACUACAUUGUCAUAAUUGAUUAUGCUUCUAACGGUUUUAGGAAAAAGACCAAACAUUCAUUUCAUCUGGUAAAAAAUUUUGGAAAGACAAUUAUGUUCAUAAACAUGACAUUCCUGGCCUGUCACCUGGAAAUACCACCUCAAUCAUUUCUGUGAUACCAACUAAAACGGUUAAUAAUCGCCCGAUCGUUCAGCCUGUUUCAUUUGUUGAUUUACAAGCCCAGUAUACGCUCCACCUCUGGAUCCACAGUGAUGCAGGAAGUUCUAUGUUCCAGAUCAUCUUCCUAUCCUAAUUAUUCCCUGAGAGGUUAGUGGUGCAUAGAACAGAAGAAAUGGGAGGGGCUUAUCGCUUUGAGCGGCAGGACUGUGUGAGUCUGGUGGGAAGAAGGGUGUGGGUAAAAGAGGUUAAAUGGAAAGUAUUGCAGGGUUAACAGGGUUGGACUGACAUGAGUGUGUGAGAAAGCCCAAGGCAAGAAGUAGAGGACACAGGAGCACCGGAGAAAGUACAGAUGUCAUGACAUUUAUUCAAGGCAUGCUACAAUUAAGUUGUUUUAGGAAAAAAUGAACUAGAGAUUCUGGCGUAUUAAUCAUAGUAACCAUUGCGAUAGUAAGAAUCAUAUAAUUCUAGUAAUAAACAAUUAAAAACAUGACAGAAAAUGUUCUAUAUGAAAUACGGAAACUUCACUCAACCAUGCACCGCAAAAAUUA